AUGCCUUCCACUAAAGUCGCUGCUGUUUCUGCUAUUCUAGCAUUGGCCUCCACUGUUGCUGGCCAUGGUUAUGUGCAAAACAUCGUUAUCGAUGGUGAAUCCUACUCUGGAUACAUUGUGACUCAGUUUCCCUACGAGUCCAACCCCCCCGCUGUCAUUGGAUGGGCAACUACUGCAACUGACUUGGGAUUCGUCGAUCCCAGUGAGUACACGAAUGCAGACAUCAUCUGCCACAAGAAUGCCACACCUGGAGCAAUUUCCGCUUCAGUCGCCGCAGGAGGUACUGUCGAGCUCCAGUGGACCACAUGGCCCGAUAGCCAUCACGGUCCCGUCAUCAGCUAUCUCGCCAACUGCAACGGUAACUGUUCUACCGUGGACAAGACUACUCUAGACUUCGUCAAGAUUGACGAAGGUGGUCUGAUCGACGACACCACCGUCCCAGGUACGUGGGCUUCAGACCAACUUAUCGCCGCCAACAACAGCUGGACUGUAACCAUCCCUGAUACCAUCGCACCUGGAAACUAUGUUUUGCGCCACGAAAUCAUUGCUCUUCACUCCGCCGGAAACACAGACGGUGCCCAAAACUACCCUCAAUGCAUCAACUUGGAGAUCACUGGCAGCGGAACCGCCAGUCCCUCUGGAACCGCUGGUGAAAAGCUGUACACCCCUACUGACCCCGGUAUCUUGGUCAACAUCUACCAAUCCUUGUCGACCUACGUUAUUCCCGGACCGACUCUGUGGAGCGGUGCUGCAACUGACGCUGUUGCCACUGGUUCUGCUACUGCAGUCGCUACGACUGCCGCUGCUUCUGCGACUGCUACUCCUACCACACUUGUUACCUCUGUCGCAUCCGCUACUGACUCGCCUUCAACUGUGGCUCCGGCUUCAUCUACCACUGCCACCUCCGUCGCAACCUCCGUCGCUCCUGCGGUGACUUCCUUCGUCGAUGUCGUGACUGUUACUGAUGUCGUUACCGUGACCACCGUCAUCACCACCACUGUCUUUUAA